AUGUCGCUGGCAGCCUCUGCAGGCCGGGGCCUGGGGGCUGUGUGGUCCCCAACUCACGUGCAGGUGACUGUGCUACAGGCGCGGGGCCUCCGGGCCAAGGGUCCCGGGGGCACGAGCGACGCGUACGCGGUGAUCCAGGUAGGCAAGGAGAAGUACGCCACCUCGGUGUCCGAGCGUAGCCUGGGUGCGCCGGUGUGGCGGGAGGAGGCCACUUUCGAGCUGCCCCCGCUGCUCUCCUCCGAGGCCGUGCCCGCGGCCGCCGCCACUCUGCAGCUCACCGUGCUGCACCGCGCACUGCUCGGCCUCGACAAGUUCCUGGGCCGCGCUGAGGUGGACCUGCGGGAGCUGCACCGGGACCAGGGCCGCAGAAAGACGCAGUGGUACGCCUUGAAAUCCAAACCAGGAAAGAAGGAAAAAGAGCGGGGAGAAAUUAAGGUCGACAUCCAGUUUAUGAGAAACAACAUGACAGCCAGCAUGUUCGACCUGUCCAUGAAGGACAAGUCCCGAAAUCCAUUUGGAAAACUGAAGGACAAGAUCAAGGGGAAGCACAAGGACAGCGCAUCAGACACUGCCUCUGCCAUCGUCCCUAGCUCAACACCCUCAGUUGACAGUGACGACGAGUCUUUCUCAAAAGACAAGAAAAAGAAAUCAAAGGUCAAGACCUUGUUUUCCAAGUCAAAUUUACAGAAAACACCGCUUUCCCAGUCCAUGUCUGUCCUGCCCAUUUCAAAGUCAGAUAGAGUGCUGCUCCGACCUGGAGACUUCCGGUCCCAGUGGGAGGAUGACGACCAGGAGGAUGAGUCCUCCUCCUCUGCCUCAGACAUCAUGUCCCACAAGAGAACAGUGAGUAUGGACCCUAAGCAGCUGAACCAGAUCAACUUCAGCCUUCCCAAGAAGGAAGGACUCUCCUUUCUUGGGGGCCUGCGAUCCAAGAACGACACCCUUUCCCGCUCUAACGUCUGCAUCAACGGGAACCAUGUUUACGUGGAGCAACCGGAGGCCAGGACUGAGACCAAGGACAGCAGUCCAGCCUCCUCUCCGUCACCCCAGGGCUUCAGGAAGAAGCACUUGUUCUCCUCCUCCGAAAACCUGGCUGCCCGGGCUUGCAAGGAGCCUGGGGAGGGUGGUGCCCUGUCUUCUGACACCUCCACCAGGGACUCUCUGAAGUCCAUGUCCCUGCCAUCUUACCGACCACCAGCCAGCGGGGACACUAGGGAAGGCACAGCUCCAGUGAACUUGGAGGCUGUGAAAGAAACCAAGGACAGCAAGAAGCAGGAGGGAAAGAGGUCCUCUUUGCUUUCUCUGGUGACAGGAAAGAAGGAUGUGGUUAAGGGCAGUGAAGGCGCGCGCACCACUGCCGUCCCAGGGAAGGAGAAGGAAGGCGUGCUUUCAGAAACUCGGCCGCCAGAGGAAGUCUUCGUGAGAGGGUCUGAGAAAGACGUUGUGGCCUACACCUCCCGACAGGGUCACUCUUUGAAUCCCUUUGAAGACGUGCCGAUCUCAGAACCGGAAGCUGGACCUGAGUCCAAGUCCAACCCAAAGCCACCUGCUCCCUCUGCAAGGACUCCCCAGACCAAAGCUGUCAAGCCUCGACUGGAAGUGUCUUCAGAGGCUCAACCCAAAGCCAGGCUUCCUUCCUCCCCUGACUCUUCUGUCUUUUUUUCUACUAUUCCUUCCAGUUCUGGUCAGGCACCUGGCCCUUCCGAAUUGGGGCAUGGUUCAGAGUCCCAGUCCUCUGAAAGUCCUUCUGUCUUCUCUUCUUUCCCAUCUCCCAUAGCAGCUCCCAUUUCCACAUCCACCCCAGUUGGACACUGGCCCUCCUCAGGCCAGGGCCAGGCCAGUUUGCUCCUCCAAGCAGACUUGCAAAAGGAGAGUUUAACACCAGUCCCAAACACUGGUUCUUCUGCCCUGGGACCACUUUUCAAACAACCCCCCACCCCAGUAUGGAAAGGGACAGGAAGUCCUUCGAGGGAGAAUGCUGACUGGACAGAGCCAGGAAGCUCUCUCCUGGAGCAGCCUGGGGUGGGGCAGCGAGAAGAAGUACUUCUGGAUGCUCCCUCCCCAAAACAAGGCUGCACCCUGUCAGCUGGAGACACCCCUGAGGAGCUGUCUGCAGUCUCACUGGGUGGUGGCAGAAUUGUAGACCCCACUGGGAAGCUGCCCAUGGAGGGACAUGCAGACCUGGAGAGUCAUCCUAGGCCUUCUGCGCAGAGCAGAGUUACGGGUGCCAGAAUGUCUUCCACAGUCAAAGAAGUAGCAGUGCCUCUUCCAGCAGAUGAAUUGGCACCCCUACCUGAUUCCUUGAUGCAGAAACAGGAAGAGAUGAACCUGAAUGGUGGCCAGGGCCAAAAGAAAGGCAAGAAGCGUGUGUCAUUUUCUGAGCAGCCCUUUACAGAAGAGGUGGAGAAACCCACUGGACUGGGGGAAGAUGACAAAAAUCACCCCCAGGAGCUGACUCUUGAAGGUGCCACUAUGGAAGGCGCGUCUGGUACAGACCCUGCUGGCUGUCUCCACUCAGAAGAUGCAGAGAGGGAGCGUAUUACUGUGCCAGCUGCCAUAGAAGGUGGUUCCGUGGUCCCCUCUCAUGCGGAGAGUUCCUCAGGAGGCCUCAGGAGUAAAGUGAGCUUGGCGAAGCACACCCCACUCUUCAGGAUCGAGGGCAUUGAUACAUUCACGUCUCAGUACCAAAGCAAGGCUAGUGAUCACGAAGGCUCACAGUCCGAUCCCUUGAGUGUCUUUCCCUCUGCCUCAGAGAUGACACCUCCCAUGGUGGCCGAUCUGAACUUGACCCUUCCCUCCAUCCCUGAAGUGGCAUCAGACGAUGAAAGAGUAGAUCAGGUGGAGGAUGGGGGGAAGACAGCAGGCGCUUCAUCCUGGAGCACGUGGCCUCCCCAUCCCAAGCAGGCAGAGGGGCUGAGUGGAAGGACAGAUGGGGCAGUGCUUGCUGAGAGUCUGCAUGGCUUUAGCUCUCUGGUCUCUGCAGCAUCUCCUUCUGAGCAGAAGGCAGCUUUAGGAAUUGAUAAACCACAUCUUGUCAAGGGCACAAACAAGGAUGAACAGCUCCCAGGCCCUGGCGGUGAUGAGGAAGAGAAACCAAAGGCAGGCAGGAGUCCAGGUCACCCUCCUGGCCUGUCCCCUCACUCUCCUGUGCCCAGCCCCUCCCUUUCUGAGACCUUUCCUGCCACACACUCUUUCCCUAGUUCUCCACACGCUGACGCUCACCACACCAGUACAGCAGAAUCUCUCAAAAAAGCAACAGCAGAGGGCUCUACUGGUAAAGUUGAAAAUUUUGGCAAGAGGAAGCCGCUUCUUCAGGCCUGGGUCUCACCCUCAGAGACACAUCCAGUCUCAGCUCAGCCAGGCGCUGGAACUGGGGCAGCCAAGCACAGACUUCAACCUGUGAAGCCAAUGAACACAACAGCCACCAAAAUUUCUAACUCCAGCUUGGGAAUGGCCACCAUCAUCAGUGAGAAUGUGACCAGUGACGCCAUGAUAAAGAAGUACAGCCCCUCGGACCCUGCCUUCGCCUAUGCCCAGCUGACUCACGAGGAGCUGAUCCAGCUGGUCCUCAAACAGAAGGAAACCAUCAGCAAGAAGGAGUUUCAGGUGCGUGAGCUAGAGGACUACAUUGACAACCUGCUCGUCAGGGUCAUGGAAGAGACCCCCAACAUCCUCCGCAUCCCGGCUCCAGUUGGCAAAAAAGCAGGGAAGAUGUGACUAAAACACUGGGGUGCCUGUGUGACCAUUUCCACCUGCUCUGAGGUCAAGGACUUGCUGUGCUUGUCAUCCAGCCAACAGGCUCCAAAUCACCAUCUCUCCUGCAUGUUAUCUGUCAAAGAGUUAAUUCCACCAAUUGAAGCCCGGUUAAUUAUUACAAUGAAUCUUCUACUGUUCUUU